ACCACUGAAGAUAACAAAGGCGGCGCGGGAGCCCAGAAUCAAUCCAUGGAAGGCAAACAGAAAUUCAAAUUUUUACAAAAGCAGGCAUCUUGGGUUCUCCUUUAGAGCAUGAAUCCUUCAUUCACGCGUACGGUAAUGGAAUGGCAAGACAUGGAGUGGGCAAACACCUCAAAAUCGCGGGCGAUCUCUCCUUCCUCAACUCCACUCCCUUCGCAAACCUCCUGGAAUCCUGUGCUCGAUCCAAGUCUGCGCGCGAUACCCGGCGAAUACAUGGCCGUAUCGUCAAAACUCAGUUUGCGUCUGAAGUUUUUAUCCAGAAUAGGCUCAUUGAUGUGUAUGGAAAAUGUGGUUGCUUGGAGGACGCCCGCAAGCUGUUUGAUAAAAUGGCUAAGAGGAACACAUUCACCUGGAAUUCACUUAUCAGCACGUUGACCAAGUCGGGUUUUCUUGAUGAGGCUGCGAAGAUGUUUGAAUCUAUGCCGGAACCUGACCAGUGCUCCUUCAAUGCAAUGGUGGCUGGGUUCGCACAGCGUGAUAGAUUUGAGGAAGCAUUGGAUUAUGUUGUCAGCAUGCAUGGUGAGGGUUUUGUGCUUAAUGAGUAUACCUUUGGUAGCGCUCUUAGUGCUUGUGCAGGGUUGAGGGGUAUGAAAAUGGGUAUUCAAAUCCAAGGUUUGAUAUCCAAAUCUUUGUACUCAGAGAAUGUUUAUAUAGGGUCUGCCCUUAUUGAUAUGUACUCAAAAUGUGGGAUUGUAGAUUCUGCUCGAAGGGUUUUUGAAGGGAUGAGGGAAAGAAACAUAGUUUCUUGGAAUAGUUUGAUCACUUGUUAUGAGCAAAAUGGGCCGGUGAGUGAAGCUUUGGGAAUUUUUGAAAGGAUGAUGGAUUAUGGAGUUGAACCAGAUGAGGUCACACUAGCCAGUGUUGUCAGUGCUUGUGCAAGCUUGUUAGCAAUCAAAGAGGGAUUAGAAAUUCAUGCUCGUGUGGUUAAAUGCGAAAAAUUCAGGGAAGAUGUUGUUUUAGGAAAUGCAUUGGUGGAUAUGUAUGCGAAAAGUGGCCAAGUAAAGAAAGCAAGACAAGUAUUUGAUAGUAUGCCAAUAAAGAAUGUGGUCUCUGAAACUUCCAUGGUAAGUGGCUAUGCAAAGGCAGCUAGUGUGAAAGCUGCUAGAUUGAUGUUCACGACAAUGAUUGAGAGAAAUGUAGUAUCUUGGAAUGCACUUAUUGCGGGGUAUACGCAGAGUGGCGAGAAUGAAGAGGCCCUUGGACUCUUCCGCCUUCUAAAGAGAGAAGCCAUCUUCCCCACCCACUACACUUUUGGAAAUAUACUCAAUGCUUGUGCAAACCUUGCCGAUUUGCACCUAGGCAGGCAGGUUCAUGUUCAUGUUUUGAAGCAUGGAUUUCGGUUCCAGAUUGGGGAAGAGCCUGAUAUCUUUGUGGGGAAUUCUCUAGUAGAUAUGUAUAUGAAAUGUGGAUCAACUGAAGAUGGGUCCCAGGUGUUUCAAAACAUGUUGGAAAAGGAUAAUGUCUCGUGGAAUGCCAUGAUAGUAGGGUAUGCACAAAAUGGGUUUGGGACAGAGGCCCUUGGAUUAUUCCAAAGAAUGUUGGUAUCUGGGGAGAAACCAGACCGUGUUACUAUGAUUGGAGUUUUAUGUGCUUGUAGUCACGCAGGGCUGAUUGAUGAGGGCCGUCAUUAUUUUUACAGCAUGACUGAGGUGCAUGGUUUGGCUCCAUUGAAGGACCAUUAUACUUGUAUGGUUGAUUUACUUGGACGUGCUGGUUGUCUCGAUGAAGCAAAGAAUUUAAUAGAAACGAUGCCAAUGCAGCCUGAUGCUGUCGUCUGGGCAUCUUUGCUUUCUGCUUGUAAAGUUCAUCGUAACAUUACUUUAGGCAAGUAUGUGGCAGAUAAGCUUUUAGAAAUUGAUCCCAGUAACUCUGGACCUUAUGUUCUUCUCUCAAACAUGUAUGCUGAGCUCGGAAAAUGGGGAGAUGUUGUAAGAGUGAGGAAGCUGAUGAGACAACGAGGUGUAAUUAAGCAACCCGGAUGCAGUUGGAUUGAAAUACAAGGUCAUGUGCAUACUUUUAUGGUGAAAGAUAGAAGACACUCCCAGAAGAAGGAGAUCUAUUCUGUUUUGAGAGAACUUACAAAACAGAUGAAGCGAGUUGGAUAUAUCCCAGAUGCUGGCAAUGAUGAGGAUGAAGAGGAGCAAAGCGAAACUGAACUAUCUUACCAAAUGGAAAUGCAAGUUGAUUCUGCUGUAGGGUAAAUUUGUAUUUCUUGGGAUACCGGAUACCCAAAACCAAGUCCAGAAAUCAGCAUUGGAAAUGUCCGGCAAGCAAAGAGCUCCCUUGUCCGGAAUACGUCCUUUGAGAACCUAUGAGUAAGAAUUAUUGUCUCUUGAAAUCCUGAAUUGGCGAAAUCUCUAGGAAAAUCAGUUCCAACAUGGACUAUUUCCUGAUCAAUUAUUUUAAUUUUAUAUUUUUGAAA